AUGAACAAAGUUGGAAAAGAUGAAUAUUUGUGCAUCAGUUUUAACAACUAUGGACUUGUACCGGAUAUUGCUGCUAAAAUCUCCGAUGAAUUUCAGGCGGAGGAGAACAAUAGCGAAGAGGACUUUGAAUUCUCGUUAGCCUCUGAAAAUUCGGAUAACUCAAUUGCGAAAUUCAUCUAUGACACUCCGACUAAAUUCCAGCAGCCAAUUUUCCCUCUUUUCAAUCGGGAUCUAUUGUUAAGCGAUUCGGAUUUGAAUGAUAUUGAUAAAUCAACUCCGCUGAAGAAAUUGUAUCUAGAAAAAAAUAAAUCAUUGGAGGAGACGAUACCUGCCACAAGUUACCGUAUGAGGAAGCCGAAGAUAAGCGAGCAAUCACCAAGAAAAUGGAAUAAGAGUAAAUCAACUGGAUUUGGGCUGAGGAUCCGAGAUCUGUUAUGGAGGAGUAAUAGUGAAGGGAAGGAAAAGGACAAUUUUCUAUUUCUCACAAGAAAAGCAAAAUCAAAAAAUUCCAAUGAGGUUUGGAAGACGGCCGGGAAAUUAUUGAAGGAGACGAAAAACAGCAGAGGAGAGAAGGGUUUACCGGCUGCGGAAAGCACUCAUAGGAUUUUUUGCUAUUUGUAUGGGUAGAAGUUAUCAACAAUUCUAACAUGAAAAUGCAAAUGCUUCUAGCAAACAUUGGUGUAGAGUUUGAGUUUU